CGUCCAACAUAAGAACCAGUAGCGCGCGCGGCCAAUCAGAUCCUUCAGUGUCCGGAAGUGCCCCUAAUUUCAAACUUUGGCGGCAGCCCACAUACGGAUUGAAAAUGGAGACCGAUCUGUACCCAAAACUUAUUGGGGCCGCUGUACUCAUCAGUCGCAGCGACGGUCGAGUCCAUCUGGCAACGGUGAAGUCAAUGGGGGCCGUGAACUCCACGGUUAUGGUUGAAUGGAAUGAAGGAACUUCCUCCAGAGGAAAGGAGGUCGAUGUGAUUGAGUUAUGUACACUCAAUCCAGAGCUUCUGAGCCGUCUAAAGGCUGACACCAACCACAUGACAGACCCACCCACUCCUGUGCCAGAUAAGAAGUAUCAGGGUCGACUGCGCUCAUCCAGGAUUCCUGCCCCUACCUCCUAUGCCGAUCGUCAGACCAGGCAGACGUGUAUGUUCCGGCCUCCUGUUCUAGCAACAGUCCCGACCGCUGAGUCUUCUCAAGUCAACUUGGAGAUGGGCGGCUCUGAUCUCCCCUCUUCAUCUGUCCUCACAAACUCUGCGCGUCCUAAUCGGCAGCGUGAAAAGAAUGCAGCUAAGCCAGCGACUUUAGCCCGUGAGGCAAUACAGGAAAAUGAUGACCCUGAGAGAAUGCCUCGUCCAGCUGCAGCCAAAGGCAGAAAAUCGGUGGCUCCGCAAGAGCUAAACAAAGGCAGCAAGAGAUUGUCUUGCGUUGUAAAGCCCCCCAACGUGCCGGUCAAGAAGGGAAAGUUUGGAGAGGCUUCUCGACCAAACCAGAAGUUCUACGACAUGAUCCAAGACUUCCGAGAGACCUUGGAGAUGACCCCCUUUUCAACAACCCAUCAAGUUAAACCUCAAAAGAUCUGUGUGUGCGUCCGCAAGCGGCCCCUUAACAAACAAGAGGUUAUUAAAAAGGAGAUAGAUGUGGUGUCUAUACCUGGAAACGGUGCUCUGUUGGUCCACGAGCCAAAACAGAAGGUGGACCUCACUAAGUACCUGGACAACCAAGUCUUCCACUUUGACUUCUCCUUUAAUGAGACCGCCACCAACGAUCUGGUCUACAACUUCACAGCCAAACCUUUGGUGCAGUCCAUUUUUGAAGGCGGUAUGGCAACAUGUUUCGCCUAUGGCCAGACUGGGAGUGGGAAGACUCAUACGAUGGGAGGGGAUUUCACCGGGAGGCAGCAGAACAGCGCUAAAGGAAUCUACGCCAUGGCAGCUCAGGAUGUUUUCACCCAUCUGAACCACAAGAGAUAUGCCAACUUGGAACUCUCUGCUUAUGUCAGCUUCUUUGAAAUUUACAAUGGGAAAGUCUAUGACCUGCUGAAUGAGAAAACCAAGCUCCGUGUUCUGGAGGAUGACCGACAGCAGGUUCAGAUUGUGGGCCUGGAGGAGGUCUAUGUGUCCAAAGCAGAGGAGGUCAUCAAGAUGAUCCAACAGGGCAGUGCCUGCAGAACGUCAGGCCAGACCUCUGCCAACGCCAACUCAUCCCGCUCUCAUGCCAUUCUUCAGAUUGUCCUGCGGCGCAACGACCGUGCCGCAACGCUGCAUGGCAAAUUUUCCCUGGUUGAUUUGGCUGGCAAUGAGCGCGGCAUCGACGUCAGUAGCAAUGACCGCAGCACUUUAGUGGAGACUGCUGAGAUCAACCGCAGCCUGCUGGCUCUCAAGGAGUGUAUCCGUUCACUGGGGAUGAACAGCGAUCAUAUUCCUUUCCGACUGUGCACUUUGACCAAAGUCCUCAGGGACUCCUUCAUUGGAGAAAAGUCCAGGACCUGCAUGAUUGCUAUGGUGUCUCCAGGCAUGGCAUCAUGUGAAUACACAGUGAACACACUACGUUAUGCUAACAGAGUGAAGGAACUGACGGGAAAUACCAAGGCUAGUGGAGCAGCUGCGGUACAAGAGCCCAUGAAUAGCUCCACAGAGGAGGAAUCUGUUGAGGAUGCCAGUGUACAUGAGUCCAUGUCCAAAGUAGCAGAGCUGGAGGAGAAGGUUUAUGAACAGUCCCAGAGGGUCAAUGAAGUCUUCAGUGCGAUGGGAAAAAUCUCUUACAAUAUUGAGGCAGGACUUCCUGGCCUGGUGGCUAACACAAAGAAUUUAUUGGACUUGUUACUGGCUUUGCAGACUGCUGUGGACCAGGAGAGCGUGAAGAGGCAAGGCUUCUGAGGAGAUCUGAUUGAAACGGUCUGUUUUUAAGCAGAUUGAUUGUAAUGUGUCUGACUAUUAAAUAAAUAAAUUGUAUUCUGACACUUUCUCAUUGAGACUGUUUCACA